GUCAAGGGUUUCUGAUCCGUACCUCUCCUCACAAACCCUUGACAGAUUUAGCGAUAAAAACUGUGGCUAAUUUUCAUUGGUUCCAAGGGUAAAGCUUGGAUCCAAUGAAAAGAUAUCUCUCAUAAUCAAAUACGUCAUGCAAAAACAGUAAUGGCUGCCUCCGUAAGUGGAGGCAUGUGCCGACUGUGUUGGGGUCCGGUACCAUUAAAAUACCGGCGAUUAAUCUUUUCAUCAUCAUUUAAGGUUUUAAAACAACUGACAGAAGUUCUGAAUUACAGCCCGAGUCAAAAUGACGGACAUUCCCAUUAUUUGUGUUAUGUAUGUUUCAACAAAUUGAACAAAUUAGAGAAAAUUGACUUUGACGUUGAAAAUAAGUUAAACGCAUUAGCUGUGGAAAAAGCUUCCAUAUUACAAGAAUUACGGAACAAAAAUACUGUAAAUAAACUAUCGUCGAGGGCAAUAGAGACGUCCGUAUCAACGAAGGCUUCAGUUGGAAUUUCCUCGCGUGUGGUUACAUGUCCCAACGAAAAUACUGUCACCCCUACAAAAUGUAUUAACCGCACCAAAAGGACAAUUCUCCACACUCCAACCCCACGCAAAUCCAAGGUGCAUAUUCUUGGAACACCCAGGAAAACAGUGUUGCGGAUGGAAACUUCAGCUUCCUCCAGAAAGCGGCCUCAACAAUUGCUGUUCUCCCCAAUGAAAGCCAAGAUAUCAUACAGAGGACAAAAUGACAGAAAAGUUCGGACAAAAAUAAUAAGAGAGAAAGGACUGUAUAGUGUGAUGGUGGGAAUUGUCAGAGGCAAUAAACCAGAGGUCAUUCUUAAUAAACUGGUGAAAGUUAAAAACUUUAAAGAGAAGGCAGUGAAAGUUCUUUCAAAGUGUGUGAAAGAAGAAUGUAAACUUCUUUGUGGUAAAAAUGAUCCUUCAAUUUUGAGGGGCAAUACCUCUGAGGACAUAAUUUCAAUUGAUUUUCUAAAAAUUGCAAAUGAACUGAAAGAGAAAGCUCCAGCCUUCUCCCAGAUACUGGAGGAUACUAUGAACACUACCAAGCCUGUAGCUUUGGUAUCUUCAGCAGCAGUUAUUUUGCACCACAGAAACCAAAAUAUGUCACUUAUUCACCAUGCUGUAGGUCAGUUAUUAGACCAUGGUGGAGCCACUGAUGAAACAAUAGAUUUGCUUAGAUGCCUUGGAUUUUCUGUGGGCUGUUCAGCUACUCACAAGAAGCAUGUUUCACUGAUUGACAUUCAGAAGAAGAAGAUAGAGAACACAAUUCUAUGUCAGGUGCAUCAAUCAAGUCUUCAGUGCAACAAGAAGAAAACCAAAGAA